UUAACACCUCCCGCUCGCCAACCUCCUUUCCAGCGGCUCUCCUCGAGCGCGUGAUGCACUCAUUUGCAUACGGUGCGAUUUGAAAUACAAUGUAAACAGCUCUUGAACUGAGCAGCUCAUCGAAUCAGGUCGAGCAGUUCUUGCUGGCAUUUCGUAUCCUUGGUGGUGUAGGCUAACUGGCAUUAUUUCAGCUGAUGGGCAUGGCCCUGCAUUCUGAUGGAAACGUGGGAGAUUCGAAAUUACUAUUCGUCACAUUGCUCCCGCGGAGAACCAACCUGUGGUUUACACACAGAAAUGUAGCCAAUUUCCUCGGCUUUGACUGUCGUUUGCGCGCAGACACGUCAUUCAGAGACUAGUCCGUGGCCCGCCCAGCAGCAUUUGAAUGAAGGGAGCAAUGAAUGGACCUCAGCAGCAGGCUAACAUUUUAUCACAUUGAGUGAUACAGUAUACAUUCUUUGGUUGCCCAGUCGUUGAGCAUUCAGUGCGAUAUCACAUCUGGGCUACCGGAAAUACGAUGCUCAACCACCGCUGUAGAUUGACAUUGCUGCUAUCCAGGUGUUGGACCAAAGAGGAGGGACGUUGUUGAUGUGACAUUACAUCUAUGCUGUGUGCAGUUUUUUGUGGUCCCAUUCACAGACACAGAGCAAGAAGAUGCUGAGCCGUUUCAUGAGUGGCAGCAUCAGGAAUCUGGAACGAGAAUACAACUGUACGGUGAGGCUGCUGGAUGACUCGGAGUACACCUGCACGAUCCAGCGCGAUGCAAAGGGACAGUACCUGUUUGAUCUCAUCUGUCACCACCUUAACCUGCUGGAGAAGGACUACUUUGGCAUCAGAUAUGUGGACCCAGACAAACAGAGGCACUGGUUGGGUUUUACAAAAUGUAUUGCCAAACAAAUUAAAUCCCAGCCUCCAUUCACCAUGUGUUUACGUGUCAAGUUUUAUCCUCCCGACCCGGCUGCCCUGAAAGAGGAAAUCACAAGAUAUCUAGUCUUCCUACAGAUCAAGAGAGAUCUGUACCAUGGUCGUCUCCUGUGUAAGACGUCGGAUGCUGCCAUGUUGGCUGCCUACAUACUACAAGCUGAGGUUGGUGACUAUGAUCCUGGAAAGCAUCCUGAGGGCUACAGCUCUAAGUUCCAGUUCUUCCCUAAACACUCAGAGAAGCUGGAGAGACGCAUCUCUGACAUCCACAAGACAGAACUAAUAGGACAGACUCCAGAAGAGUCAGAGCUGAACUUCCUGCAGAAGGCCCAGGAGCUGGAGACGUAUGGUGUGGACCCUCACCCCUGCAAGGAUGUGUCAGGGAACCCUGCCUUCCUGGCCUUCACUCCGUUUGGCUUCGCUGUCCUGCAGGGGAACAGGAGAGUCCAUUUCCUCAAGUGGGACGAGGUGACAAAGCUGAAGUUUGAGGCAAAGACAUUCCAUAUAUAUGCAAAUCAGAAAGAGGACAAGAAGAUCAUCUUGACAUAUUUUGCACCUACACCUGAGGCCUGUAAACACCUGUGGAAGUGUGGAGUUGAGAAUCAGGCUUUCUACAAGUUGGACAAGUCCAGCCAGGUCAGAACGGUGUCCAGCAGUAAUCUGUUCUUCAAAGGAAGUAGAUUCAGAUACAGUGGCAGGGUUGCUAAGGAAGUGAUGGAGCAAAGUGCCAAAAUAAAACGGGAACCUCCAGAGAUUCACAGGGCUGGUCUGGUACCCAGUAGGAGCUGUCCUUCCAUCACCCACGGCCCACGGCUGACCAGUGUCCCCCGACAAAGACGGAGAGCUGUACACAUCUCCAUCAUGGAGGGCCUGGAGUCCCUACGAGACUCCGCCCACUCCACACCUGUGCGUUCUGUUUCCCACGGCGACUCCUUCAUGCCGCGACACCGUCACCACACAACAGAUGCCGGCGAGGGCGGGUCAUCCCAGCGGGUCAUCUCUGACGAGGCCUAUUGCCCCUCGGACAGUGUGCUGCCCACCCCCACGGCCGAACACAGCCUGGAGCUAGCCGUGGCGCGCCACCCUAAUGGAGCCCCCUGCAGCAUCGAAGAGGAGGAGUCGGAGGCCGGGACUCCUGAGGGACAGGUGGCUGAGUUCGGCCCCGACGGCAGAGUGCUUCGGCUGGGUCGGACCAGGAAGUCUCUCCCUAACAACGAGGUGCAGGAGCUACAUAAGUUCAUCCUGAGUGUGUUGCGUAUGUUCCUGGUAACCAUGGGACUGCUGUUUGCCCUGCUCUCCCUCCUCAUCAUGCUGACUGAGUCUGACCUGGACAUCGCCUUCCUCCGGGACAUACGCAAGACGCCUGAGUUCCAGCAGUUCCACUUUGAGUAUUUCUGCCCUCUCAGACGGUGGGUUGCCUGCAAGUUCCGCUGGAUGGGAGGCUUCCUUAUAGACAAGUGAGAAAGACUGAGUGAUGGAGGGAGAGAAAGAGGAGUGAAUGAAAAAGAGGCCUCCUCUGAGAGGACAUGCGCGAAGGAUGGAGGGAGGAUAGGAGAAAGUAAAGAAAGGCUGUAGACAGGAAGGGAGGGCUGCUCCAUCUGAACGGGAAAUAACCUUCAAGCUUCUCCCACAAGUCACUUCCUGUUACAAGCCAAGGACCGCCCCCUUCGCUGACCCUCUUCCUUUUUCUAACCACCAGACUGAACGCAGGACAUUUUCUGAGCUCAUGUUUUACUUUGGAAAUUCAGGUCAUUUCAAGGUACUUUAUUUUUUACCAAGAGACAAGGCAACAGAGUUAUAAAACGACAUAAAAUGAGACAUCUGAGGUCUGUUAUAGGCCUGGGAGGAAACACAUAUUAUUGAACCAACAAAACAACAACAGUUGCCUUUAUUUUCUAUUACUUCAUAUGAACAUCAAUUGUAAGAGAGAAAAAAACUGUAUAAAAUUAAGAUGGAUACAAAUAUAUUAGAUUUGACAUUGAUAUAAAAACAGGUGUGUAGUGUUGAGUUGUGUACUGUCCAAUGAGUUUGUGCUGAGAAAGGAUGAGAGAGAGAGAUGAAAAACCAUGCCUUUUACUCAUUUGGGGUCAACAUCUAAAACAUCCAUGAUAAUCAUUCUAAUGCUGCUGAAACUUUCAUUUGGGCUGCUAUUGGAGGAGAAACAUUUCUACUGGCAAGAGUACUGAAGUCUGGAGUCUGAAAAAGAAACAAAGAUAUGAUAUUCAAUAGAAGAUGUAAAAAGGUACGUUUUUGAAUGUACAGUACCAUUCAAAAGUUUGGACACACCUACUCACAACACUCAUCUGUAACGGCAGUCCUCCUCCUCUUCAUCUGAAGAGGAGUAUUGAGGGAACCAAGGCGCAGCGUAGUGAAAUGACAUAUUUUAUUAACGAAAACACGAACUUGACUAAACUAACAAAAACAACAAACGGUGUAGACAGACCUAAACGACGAACUUACAUAAAACAAGAAGAACGCACGAAUAGGAAAACAUAGACUACACAAACCGAACAAACCGUAAACAGUCCCGCGUGGUGUACAGACACAGACACGGAAGACAAUCACCCACAACGAACACUGUGACAACGCCUACCUAAAUAUGACUCUUAAUUAGAGGAACGCCAAACACCUGCCUCUAAUUAAGAGCCAUACCAGGCAACCCAAAAACCAACACAGAAACAGAAAACAUAGAAUGCCCACCCAACCUCACGUCCUGACCAACUAACACACAUAAACUAACAGAAAUAGGUCAGGAACGUGACAUCAUCCAGUGUUUUUCUUUAUUUUUACUAUUUUCUACAUUGUAGAAUAAUAGUGAAGACAUCACAACUAUGAAAUAACACAUAUGGAACCAUUUAGUAACCAGAACAGUGUUAAACAAAUAAAAAUAUAUGUUACAUUCUUCAAAGUAGCCACCCUUUGCAGAAUGAAGAAAAAGCAGCCAACAAGUGCUCAGCAUAUGUGGGAACUCCUGUUGGAAAAGCAUUCCAGGUGAAGCUGGUUGAGAGAAUGCCAAGAGUGUGCAAAGCUGUCAUCAAUGCAAAGGGUGGCUACUUUGAAGAAUCUAAAAUAUAUUUUGAUUUGUUUAACACUUUUUUGGUUAUUACAUGUGUUAUUUCAUAGUUUUGAUGUCUUCUCUAAUAUUCUACAAUGUAAACAAUAAUAAAAAUAAAGAAAAACCCUUGAAUGAGUACGUAUGCCCAAACUUUUGACUGUACAUAUACACUGAGUAUACCAAACAUUAGGAACAGUCUCAAUUCGCCGAUGCAAGAACUCAAAGGUGUUGAAAGCAUUCCACAAGGAUGCUGGCCAAUGUUGACUCCAAUGCUUCCCACAGUCAAGUUAGCUGGAUGUCCUUUGGGUGGUGGACCAUUCUUGAUACACACGGGGAACUGUUGAGCAUGAAAAACCCAGCAGUGUUGCAGUUCUUGACACAAAUUGGUGUGCCUGGCACCUACUACCAUACCCCAUUCAAAGGCACUUAAAUAUUUUGUCUUGCCCAUUCACCCUCUGUAUGGCAUACAUACACAAUCCAUGUCUCAAUUGUCUCAAGGCUUAAAAAUCCUUCUAUAACCUGUCUCCUCCACCUCAAUCUAUAAUGAUUGAAGUAGAUUAAACAAGUGACAUCAAUAAGGGAGGCUUUCACCUGGUGAGUCUAUGUCAUGGAAAGAGUAGGUGUUCUUAAUGUUUUGUACACACAGUGUACUAUACUGUCUUGUAAGAAAGUUGAAGAAUAUCUGUGUAAUGACUGUGUCCUUAACUUGGUUUAUAGUUUGUUUGUUAAUUAACCAUCAUUACACAUUGGCAUGGAACAAUCAAGAGACAGUCAUACAGUACAUCAAAACUAUAAACCAAAUGAAUGGAAUUGUUGUAUUUUCUGAUUUCAAAUGGCAUCAGAUAGAAUACUGUUACCAAUUAUUUUAAUCAAUGUAUAAAAACUAGCAAUCAUGAGUUUUUUAAAGAAACUUUAAAAAAAGAUCAAUCAAACUAGCAGCAAUGGUGUUCUUUGUUAUUAUUAUGUGACCUGGAAAGUACAGUAGGGGGUAGAACACAGUGGUCAACCUCUUGAAAACACUGACUAGAUGUGCAAUACUAUAAUGAUAAAAACUAUGAGUAUUUUAAGGUUGGAUAUGGUACAUUUUAGUUUAUUAAAUGUGCACUUUGAAAUAAAUAAUUCUGGUUAUUUUCCAAAGUUAUAAGAAAAUGAACAUGCCUAGGUGAAAAAUACAUUUCAACUUGUAGUUGUGCUAAUGCAUUGGGUUAUUUUUAAAUGUUGAAUAUAUUGAAGUCCUGCUGAAUUAUUUUGUACAAAGUAGAGUCUCCUUAUAUUUAGAGUUUUCCUUGUAUAACCUGUUUUAACUGAACUAAUGUUAUUUUUUAUCAUUGAAAAUUAUACUUUUUUAGCACAGUGAUUCAGAUGAGGACUAGAAUGUUAAAAGAAAUAAGCAGAGUAGGUAGAGAUUCAGGGACGGUUUCCUGGACCCAUAUUAAGCCUACACCUGAGCUAUGGCAUCCUUAAUGGUGCGUCUCCAUUCAAAGUGCUUUAUAGUCUAGGAAUCGGUUUAAUCUGGGCCAGGGAAAGUUUUUGUCAGGUUUACCUCCAAAUCCACCUAAGGGAGCAUUAUACCCUCUCAUUUUCACACUGUCUUUACAUGUCUACCAAAGAUACCUCUCUGCAGCCUCAGUGGUACUUCACAUGAGAGCUAGAGUUCCUGAGGAGGGUUUGGGAGAGGGUUGACUAGUGAAGAGCUGCAGAACAGGACAAUGAUAAUCACUACAAGCUUCUAUUAUAUUGUCCUUAGCCAGCACUCUAUCUGUUGUCUUAGAAUAAACAAGUUGAGAGAGGGAAUAACAUCGACUUGGGGUUGAAAAAUUCUGGAAAAUGUCCCCAAAUUACCAUGCUUUCCAGGAAUCACACUUGGAAGAUUACUGGAAAUGGGAGGGAAUAAGCAGAAAAUCUGGAAUCCUCGUACCAGGAAUUCUGGAAUUUGGGGAAAGUGACCAGAAAUUUUGCAACCCUACGUAGAUUCAAGAUAAAAGUAUAUUUCUACAUCAUCAUUUGGUUUUGCAUCAGUACAAUCCUAUCAGACAUAUGUAUAUUGUUUAAAUGUUAUAAUCCCUCAAUAGACUAGUGUAUGUUGGGUUUAAUAAAUAAUAUAGAUUUAUGAAUUAAUGUGGUCUGCUAUGCAGCAAUAUUAAGAUAACGACAAGUGGUUGGUACCUGAUUGGUGUAUUAGAUUAAAGUGAUUGAUUUUUUUUGAAGUUGUGGAAGGCCAGUCAAGGCAGAAGAUUUAGAUUUUUAUACCUCAGAUCGCAACUUUGAAUUUCAGUUCAAUGUGUAUGACAAACAAUACAACCUUAUUUGAGCAAUAAUGAAAACAUUUGAAAAUAAUGAAAUGUUGAAAUCAAUGUGGGCAGCUACAGACAGAAAAAGUAAGUGAUGUUUUUUGUUUUGUUUUGAUGUGUUCUCCUGUCUCUCCAUAUAGGAUCACUGGAUAUUCAAGUGACAUGUUUUUCAUGAUUAGCCUACCUACCGUUAUACUGGUGAACCUAGCUUCUUAAUGCAUGGGAUGAGAUGAUGAUGAGAAGAUGGUGUAGCAGUAGCAUGCAGCUCAGUGUUGAUUGCAAUGGGUGCGUUCCAGGUUGUUGCAGUCAUGCUGCACAUCUCGAAAGAUCUCUAUAAAUCAAUAGCAAUAUCAUAUCAGUGUGGUUGUGCAAACAUGUCUCCAGGGGUCGUAUUCACUAGAAACCAAACUGAAGAAACAAACAGGGAGGGACUACCUUAACUUAAUUCUUUCUUUGCGAGACAUUUUCCUACGGUGUGUAAUGUAACUAAUGAAUACUAGCGACCCAGGUGGUAAGAUCUGACAAUCUGAGCAGUGUGAGUGCAAUGAAGACGACCUGGAACGUCCCCAAUGACUCCAGUGUUAGGAACACCCAGACAGCCUCUGCAAUGUCCUUCUGUUAGCUCCCUUACUGUCUCAUGGCCAUGCAUAUGGAUCGGUCUCUGUAAGCAUGUCUUCUGUAUUUCUGUUGUUACUCCCAAUCAAGACUGAAUAUUUUUUAUCACGGGAUGAAGACUGGUGUAUUCUAUGAUUAAUUUAUCAAUAAAUAUAAUUUAUUCUUAAA